AUGGCACUUGUGGCGACCCUGGCCCUGCUGCUCGCCCCCGGGGCCCUGGGCGCGUCCCUCAAGGCCGGCGGCCUGACAACCUCUGACCGCCGCGCCCUGGGCGAGCAGGCUGCCAACGCGCCGCCCGUCCUGCGGAUGGGCGACAUGACCCUGGUCGGCGGCCGCGUUCCCACCAUCAACGUGGGCGGCCAAUCAAGCGUGUACGGCAACCUCAACAGCCACCACCGCGGCGGCAUCACCCUCAGCGGUGGCGCGCUGGGCCCCUUCCAGAACGAGGGCGGCAACGUGUACGUCGACCAGUGGCACCGCCGCCGCAUGGCUGAGCAGGCUGCAGCCUCUGCCGCCGCUAACAUUGCUGCCCAGGGCGGCACCACCUUUAUCGGCGGCGCGCGCCCCACUCUUGUUUCUGCUGCUGCGGUGGCCAACCCUGGUGCUGCAAUGCAGCAGGCAAUGAAGACGGGUGCGGAGCAGAACGCGUGGCACGCACGAGUCAUGGGCGGCAGCACCCCGCAGCAGGUACAGCAGCAGCAGGAGCAGCAGCAGCGCGAGCGACAGCAGCAGCAGCAGCAGCAGCAGCAGCAGCAGCAGCAAGCCGCUCCUGGUUCCCCUGCCGCACCCGCCCAGCCUGCCGAGCAGCCUGGCCAGAUUCAAGUGAUCAGGGCAAACAGCGUCUACAUCGGCGACAAGAUCAUCCCUGGCGCAAAGAAGCUCUGA